AAGAUCGAAUGACGCUCUGGGCAGACAGUCAUCUCUCCCCUCAUAAUACUAGCCUGUAACGGCUUUUUUUUUUUUUUUUUAAAGUUGUGUCAUUCAGACUUGACUCUGUGUCUGUGGUCGGCCUUACAGAGAGAAAAAAACAUUUAACGGCUAAGUGUUCAGCUGAGGUCAGAGGAUGACACAGCACAAAUAGCUGCUUUUUACGGGUCCUGACUCCUCUGUAAGUACGCAAGUUACAAAACGUCGCUCCUCCAAACAGUUGCGUGCCUCCCUGUCACGUGACUGCGUUUCUUGUCGAGCAGCCGCUUGAAAUAGUUUUUGGAUGCUUGAAAACAACUGCUGCAGUUCAGACGCGUCCUCCUCACCGUGGCUGCUGAUUUUUUUUCUCGCUCACUGAAGGCGAUGGAGAAUUUGAAGCAAUUCCUGUUCGCUCUCUCCGCUGCCGGAGCUGUCGGGUUUGUCGCCAUAAUAUUCGUGCUGAGGUGGGUUCUCCACUUUAAGGAAGGCUUGGACUGGAACGGAGGACUGGCUGAAUUCAACUGGCAUCCGGUGCUGGUCGUCACAGGCUUCAUUUUCCUGCAGGGCACAGCCAUAAUUGUCUACAGGCUUCCCUGGACCUGGCAGUGCAGCAAACUCAUGAUGAAGUUCAUCCAUGCAGGCUUGAACUUGACAGCCUUCAUUUUCGCUAUUAUUGCCAUGGUGGCCGUUUUUGACUUUCACAACUUUGCCAAGAUCCCCAACAUGUACAGUCUGCACAGCUGGCUGGGCCUGAUGGCCGUUAUUCUGUACGGUCUGCAGCUUGUUCUCGGAGUCGGCCUAUACCUGAUACCAGUUACACCUGUGUCCUGGAGAGCAGCUUGUAUGCCCAUCCAUGUCUACAGCGGUCUUUUUCUUUUCACCAGUAUCAUAGCAGUUGCUCUCAUGGGAAUCACAGAAAAACUUAUCUUUGGCCUGGCCAACCCGAAGUAUAAAGACUCUCCCCCAGAGGCAAUCUUUGUGAAUGUCUUGGGACUCCUCCUGGUGGUUUUUGGGGCCCUUAUCCUCUGGAUUGCCACUCGAGCGUCUUGGAAACGCCCCAGUGACCAGAUUGCACAUUCUCUGCAUACCAACAGGGGAGGUGAGGACAACAGCAAAGCUGGUCCGGCAAUGUCUGAACUGGAAGAUGGAGCCAGUUGUGAGACGGAUGGAGAUGUCAGGAAGAGGAAUAGUAAAUAAAUCAGAGAGCUAGCCUGACAGUUUGUAUCAGGAAUAAAAAAUUCUGUGCAAAAAUCUUAAAAUAACCUCUGAAGUUUCCCAGAAAAUAUCUGUUGAAUAUUUUUACAUUUUAACACUGCAAAAUAAUUGUCAAAUAUCCUUUGACAAAUUGUGCAUGGUAACCAUAAACAAAUCUAAGUUGCUAUUUGCAUUUAGUGAAAUGACACUAAAAAUCUGAUGUGUUGAAAGCCAAGACCAAUAAGAUAAGGGAUGUUUCAAGAUUUUUGCACUGUAUUUGGCCCUGAUGCGUCCCUGCACAACAUGCGAGUCCCUGUAAAUGUUUGCAACACCACAAAAAGGGACCAACUGGUAACCCCAAGCAGUGACACAAACUGAAACUAUGAAGAUGGUUGUAUUGUUAAACCAGCAUACACUGUUUAGAAAAUACAAAAAAAAAAA